AUGACGACGACGAAAGCGUGGUGGGACGAGAGGUUCCGGCAUAUUGGGGAUCAUUUCGAUAAGCAGGGGUGCAGGAGUGAGGGGUGGGUGUGCGUGGAGGAGGAUCGGCCGCUGGGGGAGUUGAUGAUGAUGAUGGAGGGGAGGAAGACGAAGGAGAAGAAUAAGGAGAAAGAAGGAGGAGGCGGGAGUGUUAUGGUAGGGGAGGAUGAGGAAGAAGAGGAAGAGGGAGAGGAGGAAGAAGAAGAAGGGCUUCCUGUGUAUGAUGUGUUUGAGGGGAGUGUAGGUGUAGGUGGAGGGAUGUACAUGCCGUUCUGUUCGAAACGCGAGCUAGAAGAGGAGGAGGAGGAGGGUAAGGAUGCGGAUGCCGUGAGCGAUUUCGAUCAGUUGUGA